UGAUGCACACCUUCAUCCCUGUACUUUAUUCUGUGACAAUCCUGCUGUAUGUUCCAAUAUGAGGAAACCACUGGAGCUGUUAAUAGGAUAAGUUGUAGGCAGCCACCUUAAAUGCUCUUUGAUACUCAUUUUACCAAUCUGCAAAUGUUCUGUUGAGACUGCGAUAGAUUAAGAAAUGUAUACAGGCCAUGAGUUAUAAAAAUGUUUGGGAUUCAAAAACUGCCAUGUUUUCAUCCUCAGCAGCAGAAUGGUUAGCCUUAAAUACAGCAGCAACAGCUGCAAUCCAGUAUUCCUUUUGUCAAUUAACAAACGCAGCAAAUGCUAGGAAGAGAGAGAAAAGUCUCAUUCCUUGAAAUUUACAGUUUGUGUUUCUGAGCUAAAAAUGGCUUGAAUCCUAAAGCCAUUAACAAGCUUUUUGAAAGAAAAGGAGGUGACCAUGCACACAGAAUUACAUGAAAUCCAAGGUGUCUGGACACUUUACCUGUCUGUCUAAAUUGUACAAGUUCUUUAUGAGACCACCCACCAAUGCUUCACUUUGAAUUUGUGCAGCAACUAAUCCUUAAUCAGAGUCCUUACAAGCAACCAAAACAUGUAGUUCAUGUUGGCCAGAGAAUAGGAUAGGAUAUAAUAAUCAUAAAUGUCCUCAACUCAUUAAUAGCUAAUAUUACUGUUUCGAUGCAUGAGUAUAACAUGGAUAUAAAACCUGAAAUACUGUGAUGAGCAGUUGCUGAAAGUAACUCUAAUUUUAGUACACAGGGCAAAUGAGGAGCUAAGUUGAAGAAGAAUACACAGAAAAGGAACCAUUCCCAUAAGGCAAAACAGAGUACAUAAUUAAGAUCAAGCAUUUGUUACUCCAGGCUGUAUCUGCCAGAAAGAAGCAGGCAUCCUGGCAACAUCUUCCAACAUGCAUGACCCGUGAGUUGCCAAUUACCAUCCCUCUGGACUGUGUGUGUACAAGGUGCUGCCUGAUCCAAGGAGCAGAGCACAGAGAUCCAAUGAAUCCUGCUUUAAGCAAAGCCUGUCAUCUUUAUCCCUAGGAUUCUGGCUACCACUACACUAAGAAUGUGUAAUACUCUAAAUGAUUAAGUCUUUAUUUUAAAACAUGGUGGAAUGUUUCUCAGCUGUGCCUGACUGCUGCCCAGUUUGAGAUUCAGCUUGCCCUGCAUGCAUAGAUCCCCCAUUGUCAUCACUGAAGACAGACACUGCUCUCAGAGCCACACAGCAAAUCGAGUCUGCUGUCUCUGUGGGAAGAUCCCUAGAGCAUGCAGAAAGAGCAGGGGAAAGAUGGAUCAUGGGGAGCUCAGAGCUGAACUGUAUCCCAUGAAAUCUGAAGAAUGGGUUUUGCCAUAAAGUACAAGCAUAUGUCAGAUUUGCAGCCUAAAGCACUUGUUUAUCCAAGCAACAUGCUGAUUUCUCAGUAUUGGGUUGAGCACCCAUUUACUGCAAAACUAACUAUAGUAUUCUCAUUUUUAAAGAGAAGUAGGAGCCACACAUUUCUGAGCCUCCCUCUGUAUACUCCAAUGCAGAAAUUGCCUUAAUUUUUUCUUUUUUAGCUUAGAUUUACUUUAUAAAAUUUAGGAAAUGCCAACAAAGAACAUCUUGACUUCUGCAAACAAUGCAGUUUAUUACACCAAUUCAAGGGCUUCUUUUAUGUUAUUUUGUAAGCCUACUUCAGCAACAGAAUAGUAAGAACUUGAAUUGCAUGUUUAGUGUCUUCACUUUUCAAAAUGUAUACAGCUGUCUGCAGGAUAUGUGAUCUAAAAUAUUUAAUGCAAAGAAGUGAAGAAAAUGAAAAAUCCAUUAUUUUAAAAACAGACAGAAGCUGGCUGCUUUUUCUGUGUUUCUAGUUCAUGCUCACACAGGGAUAAACUAUCAGAGCUCUAAAUAGGAGUACAAGAGUGUGCACCAUAAUUCAUGAAAUACAAGUACAAAUAGCAGAUUCAUGAAUAAAAGAAGCUCCUCAGUCUCUGCCUUGUGUGCCUGCUGCUGUUGGCUUAAGGAUGCCUCUUCUGCAGGGUACAGAUCAUAGGGGAAGCCCACUGUAAGGUGCAGCAGCACUAACUUUUAUUACAUUUAUCACCUAAGUAUCUCUGAGUUCAUAAGGUCCGUGUCCCAUAGCUCAGGCUCCUCUGGGAGAAUUCUCAUCAUACUCCUCCAGGUGAAACAAAACCUCCAGCUCUCCCCUUGAAUCCCUUGGAUAUUCAGUGCAAUCCUGCACUGUGCUGUUGCUUACAUCAGCAUGCCAUGUUCCAGUGGCAUCUUUACUCACUGCUGAUGUUUCCUGUACCAUAACAGACUAUGGAGCUGAGCCUAGACUUACCUUUCAUCCACGCUGAAGAAUAGUCAUGUCAGAGACAUCUGUGAGAGACUUUAAAAGAGAGGAAAAAAGGAGCAGAGGAAUACUGUGUCCCAUUUCAAGUUCAGAUGCACAAUCAAUAUUUGAAUUGCAGUUUAUUAGAAAUAAAAAGAUCAUUCUUCAUCCUUCUGGAAGUGCUACAAGACUGUUAGUGAAAGUGUUCAGUCUCUCAUGUCUGUUCCAGUUGCUGUGACUGUGUCCCUGCUGCAGCCCCAGGACAGUGGUUCAGCAAUGGCUCUCUAAUGCACCAACUUCCAGGAUUUGUCUCUUUCGUAGACAUCUUCCUCCUUAUGGAUUUGUACUGUGCAAAUUAGUCUUUGAGAUCUGAAAUUAUUUUUCCAGGAAGUAGUAUGAAUUUAGGACACCAAGAGAUUGCUUUGUUGUCUUUAAAAUGCAUACAAAAAUGGAAACAGUCGGAAAGGUCUCAAAAUAUCCUGACUGAUUAUUUUUUUCCUUUUCUUUUCAUCCUGAGUAUUGAUAGACCUUGUUUACAGCCCCUUAGCUCCUGUUGGCUUUCCCACAUUAUACUGUGUCAUGUCAGUGCACUCAGUUCAAGGCAAUACUACCUCAGGCAAUCCUGCCCAGUACUCUCAGGAAGAACAGUGUUGCUUGUAACAAUCCUGGUAGUGGAAGGCAUUGCUGUUGCACAGAAGACACAAGGUGGGCAAAACAUUGGAGUGAAUCGCAUUCCUCCCACCCAGUGUGACAACUGGGUCCGGACCAGUAAUGGAGGACAUUUUGCUUCACCAAACUACCCAAACAUGUACCCACCCAAUCAAGAGUGCAUCUAUAUCUUAGAAGCUGCUCCACGACAAAGAAUUGAGCUGACCUUUGAUGAACCUUAUUACAUAGAACCCUCAUUUGAAUGUCGGUUUGAUCACCUGGAGGUUCGAGAUGGACCUUUUGGGUUCUCCCCUCUCAUUAAUCGUUACUGUGGUCUGAAAAGUCCUGCACUAAUUAGAUCAACAGGGAGAUUCAUGUGGAUCAAGUUUAUUUCUGAUGAGGAGCUGGAAGGAAAGGGAUUUCAAGCAAAGUACUCAUUUAUACCAGAUCCUGACUUCACUUACCUAGGAGGUAUUUUAAAUCCCAUCCCAGACUGCCAGUUUGAGCUCUCAGGAGCUGAUGGAAUAGUGCGUUCCAGUCAAGUAGAACAAGAAGGAAAAACAAAACCAGGACAAGCAGUUGACUGUAUCUGGACAAUUAAAGCCACUCCAAAUGCUAAGAUCUACAUGCGGUUUCUGGACUAUCAGAUGGAGCACUCCAACGAGUGCAAAAGGAACUUCGUGGCUGUGUAUGACGGGAGCAGCUCCAUUGAGAACCUGAAGGCCAAGUUCUGCAGCACGGUGGCCAACGAUGUGACGCUGCAGACGGGCACGGGCGUGGUGCGCAUGUGGGCCGAUGAGGGCAGCAGGCUGAGCCGCUUCAGAAUGCUCUUCACCUCCUUUGUGGAUCCUCCCUGCUCAGGCAACACUUACUUCUGCCAUAGCAACAUGUGCAUCAAUAAUUCUUUAGUCUGCAAUGGCAUCCAGAACUGUGCAUACCCUUGGGAUGAGAAUCACUGCAGAGAAAAGAAAAGAACUGGAUUGUUUGAACAAAUCACCAAAACCCAUGGGACAAUCAUUGGCAUCACAACAGGGAUAGUUUUAGUUCUUCUCAUCAUUUCAAUUCUAGUGCAAGUAAAGCAGCCUCGAAAAAAGGUUAUGGCUUGCAAGACUGCCUUCAAUAAAACUGGUUUCCAGGAAGUUUUUGAUCCUCCUCACUAUGAACUGUUCUCACUAAGGGACAAAGAAAUUUCUGCAGAUUUGGCAGAUUUAUCAGAGGAACUUGAAAACUAUCAGAAGCUGCGCCGCCCUUCAACAGCUUCCAGAUGCAUCCACGACCACCACUGUGGCUCCCAGGCCUCCAGCAUGAAGCAGAGCAGGAGCAACCUGAGCUCCAUGGAGCUGCCCUUCCGCAACGACUUCGCACAGCCCCAGCCCAUGAAAACCUUCAACAGCACAUUCAAGAAAAGCACUUACACCUUCAAGCAAGCUCACGACUGCCCCGAGCAGGUGAUAGAAGACAGGGUGAUGGAGGAGAUUCCAUGUGAAAUUUAUGUCAGAGGAAGGGAAGAUACAGCACAAGGUUCAUUAUCUAUUGACUUUUAACUUCCUGCUGGAGGCGGUGUCGGUGUAUAUACAAAGUGCUCAUGUACAAUGACAGUGUAUAUAUUAAAGGUGUACCAUACGCGGCGUGUGAGAUGCACACACUUUUAGCUUACUGUACUUCAUUCCAAAACACAAAACCAGUCUUCAUAAUUAAUUCUUGCUGGAAAAGUGGUGGAUUUCCUCCCAUCUUCCCAAGCUACCUAUCUAGUGGAGGAGUAAGAUGGAGACUUUGCAUGGAAAUUAUCAGAUAGGAUGGUGGAAGAAAAAACCCUACAACUACUAAUCAUUGAACACUGAAAGCAAUGACUACUGUUCUCUUCUUCAUACCAUUUACUCUUCUUUAGAUGUCUGCUUUUCAAGACAAUUUUAAUACCUCACUUGCAUAAAUAAAAGUAGUUAAGUGCACUAUGUGUAUGUCAACAUAGGUGUCUUAUUGUAUUUGUCAAAUUGAAAGUAGAGUUAGUGUUAAGUGCCAGUUCAGACUCAUGAAUUAUGUUACAGCCAUCUGUUUCACUUGCCUUUAAUUAUCAUUUCCACACUCUAGGCUUUGUGAGAAAUAAGUGAAAAGGGUCACUGCCUUUUAACAAUAUAAAGUUAUAAUCAUUUUAGUACAUGUGGAAAUAUCUUUGCAGCUUUCAGUUAAAACACAAGUGAGUAGUCAUUUUAUUCUAGAUGCAGGCUUUUACAACAGUUUUCUUUCAAGAAGGUUUAGGAUUUUAAAAUAUUCUGCCAUAUAUUAUAGCUCCAUAUGGCACAUUGAUUUCACAGCUCUGUACUUAGGAAACAAUUUUGUUCCUGAGUUUUCCAAGUAUUUACAUAAAUAGAUUGUACUGUACAUUUGUCUCUUAAAAUAGCUUUUUACUCCUUGUUGCAGCCAAUCUUCCCUACUGAAAUCAGCAAUGAUACUUUUAGCUCAUGUCCUACUUGCCUGAAGAGAACUGCUCUGAGGUCUGUGUGAUUACUGGGUGUAUGAAGGAACUGGAAACAAAGAAAUCACAAAGCAACUCUAAUUAACCCCUAUGGAAUCCUUCUUGUGCCCCUUGUUUCCAUUUGCAAAAUUGCACAUUUCAUACCUUUUUAAAUGGUGGUUUGGACCUAAUUUAAAAAUUUUUACAAUAUAGAAGGAAAUUUUUAAAAUAUAUUCUCAUUGUGGUUUUUAAGCUUUUUA